AUGAAGACCGAUUUUAAGUUCUCCAAUUUGCUUGGAACGGUCUACUGCCGGGGCAAUCUUCUCUUCAGCCCCGAUGGCACGCACCUCUAUUCUCCGGUCGGCAACAGGGUGACUGUAUUUAACCUUGUCGACAACAAAUCAUACACUCUCCCUUUUGCGCAUCGAAAGAACAUUGUUCGACUCGACCUGACACCGCGCGGCAACCUGUUGCUCUCGGUCGACGAAGAUGGCCACGCCAUUCUCACCAAUGUUGUUCGGCGCAUCUCGGUAUACCACUUUUCUUUCCGAACAGCCGUAACGGCUCUCUCCUUUUCUCCAUCCGGCCGCCACUUCGCGGUUGGCAUUGGCCGCAGGAUAGAGGUCUGGCAGGUGCCUCAGACUCCCGAUUCAGCCACGGGCGACGAUGGACUCGAGUUUGCACCGUUUGUGCGACAUCACAGCCAUGCCGCUCAUUUUGACGAAGUCCGCCACAUAGAGUGGUCGCGCGACUCAAGAUUCUUUCUCAGUGCUUCCAAGGACCUCACAGCCAGGAUAUGGAGCUUGAACCAAGAAGAGGGCUUUACACCAACAGUCCUUUCAGGUCAUAGACAGGGCGUCGUCGGCGCUUGGUUUUCACUGGACCAAGAGACCAUUUACACAGUCAGCAAAGAUGGUGCCGUUUUUGAUUGGCAGUACGUCGGUCCGCAGAACAAACAGGACGACGAUAUGGACGGUGCGGACGAGUCCGACUUGCGGUGGAGGAUAGUAAAGCGGCAUUAUUUCAUGCAAAAUAACGCCAGCUUGAAAUGCGCCGCUUUCCAUCCCGAGUCGAACCUUCUCGUUGCAGGCUUCUCCAACGGCAUCUUUGGCCUGUAUGAGAUGCCAGACUUUAACUUGAUUCAUACCCUGAGCAUAUCACAGAACGGGAUCGACUUCGUCAGCAUCAACAAGAGCGGUGAAUGGCUGGCAUUUGGUGCAUCAAAACUGGGACAGCUUCUAGUGUGGGAAUGGCAGUCUGAAUCAUACAUCCUCAAACAACAGGGGCACUUCGACUCGAUGAACGCCCUCGCAUAUUCGCCCGACGGCAAGCGAAUUGUCACGGCGGCUGACGACGGGAAGCUCAAAGUAUGGGAUAUCGAGUCGGGCUUCUGUAUUGUGACAUUCACUGAGCACACAUCCGGCGUCACGGCUUGUCAGUUUGCAAAGAAGGGGAACGUCCUCUUUACUGCAAGUUUGGAUGGCUCAAUACGAGCUUGGGAUCUGAUCAGAUACAGAAACUUCCGGACUUUCACAGCGCCGACGAGGCUAUCUUUCUCGUGUAUGGCCGUGGACCCCAGUGGUGAAGUUGUGGCUGCUGGAUCUUUGGAUUCGUUCGACGUCCACAUCUGGUCUGUGCAGACAGGACAGCUAUUGGACCAGUUAUCUGGUCAUGAAGGCCCUGUUUCCGCCGUCGCAUUUGCGCCAGAUGGUGGAUUGUUGGUCAGCGGAAGCUGGGAUAAGACAGCGAGAAUCUGGAGCGUCUUCAACAGGACACAAACUAGCGAGCCGCUUCAGUUGCAAGCAGAUGUUCUCUCAGUUGCGGUAAGACCUGAUUCUUCGCAACUGGCUGUUUCUACACUCGAUGGACAGAUCAGCUUUUGGUCUGUGACGGAGGCGCAGCAAGUAUCUGGUGUCGACGGGCGCCGCGAUGUCUCUGGUGGACGCAAGAUAACAGACAGGCGGACUGCGGCAAAUGCAGGAGGGACCAAGGCAUUCCACACCAUUCAAUACAGUAUGGACGGAAGCUGUCUUAUCGCUGGUGGUAACAGCAAGUACAUGUGUCUGUACUCAACCACCACCAUGGUUCUACUGAAGAAGUUUACUGUCAGCGUAAACCUAUCGCUUUCGGGAACACAGGAGUUCUUGAACAGCAAGCAGCUGACGGAAGCUGGGCCACAAGAGCUUUUGGACGACCACGAUGCUUCGGAUAGGGAAGACCGCAUCGACAGGUCCCUCCCGGGCUCGAAACGCGGAGGUGACCCGUCCGCGCGCACAACGCAUGCAGAGGUCAAAGUCUCGGGCGUAUCGUUCGCCCCGGAUGGAGCAGCCUUUUGCGCAGCCUCCACAGAAGGUCUGCUCAUCUACAGCUUGGAUCAUACUGUGCAGUUUGAUCCUUUUGACUUGAACAUGGAGAUCACGCCCGCCUCAACCCUUGCCGUACUAGACAACGAGAAGGACUACCUCAAGGCUCUGGUAAUGGCAUUCCGACUGAACGAGGCUGGUUUGAUCAAGCGUGUGUAUCAGGCCAUUCCACAUAGAGACAUCCCGCUCGUUGUUGAGCAGUUCCCAUCUGUGUAUGUUGCGCGACUGCUCCGCUUCGUAGCAGCGCAGACUGAAGAGAGCCCACAUAUUGAGUUCUGUCUGUUAUGGAUCAAGGCACUGGUCGACAAGCACGGCAAGUGGCUUGCAGCGAACCGGGCCAAGGUCGACGUGGAGCUUAGGGUUGUUGCGAGGGCGAUUGCUAGGAUGAGGGAUGAGAUUAGGAGGUUGGCUGACGAGAAUGUCUACAUGGUGGAUUAUCUACUCGGCCAGGCUGAGAACAAGCCCAAGGCGAUCCAAGGGACGAGUAUAGAUGAUAUACUCAAGCCUCUUCCUGCCAAAGGCGCGAAUGCGGCGCUGAUGGACACGAACAUGGGCCAAGAAGACGAGCCAUCUGAUGAAGAUGGCUGGAUUGGAUUGGAUUAG